UCGAUCGUCUGCAUCUGUGCUCGGCUGAAGUGCCUCGCGUUCAUACCACAUGGCACGACUGACUGCAUGAGAGUCAGAUGUGUUGUGAAGGAACAGAUUAACUAAUGACCCAUAUCUUAUAUUCUUGUAGCUCUUUAACAGAAACAUAUAACUAAACAUGUCGCAGUUACAAGCGAGGUUCUUUACGGAGAACAAACGGUACGUUGUAGAUGACGUCCCAUUCUCCAUCCCUGCUGGAGCUGAAGUGCAGGACCUCAGCAAUGUCAUCAACAAGCUGCUGGAGGCUAGAAAUGCAUCUCACACCAAGGUGGAUUUCGACUUCCUGGUCAGGGGUCAGUUCCUUCGGACGUCUCUGUCCUCUCACAUGGAGACAGAAGACAUAUCGACGGAAGACGUGGUGGAGAUAGAGUACGUGGAGCGGAUCACAGCGCCAGAGCCGGAGGAGUGCAUGAUGCAUGAUGACUGGAUCAGCUCUGUAGAUGCAGAUGCUGAAUGGAUCCUAACAGGGUCGUACGACAAGACGGCCAGGAUCUGGUCCGUGGAGGGCAAGGCAGUGAUGACGGUGGCUGGGCACACGGAGGUGGUCAAAGAUGUAGCCUGGGUCAAAAGAGACGGUCUGACCUCUCUGCUUCUGACGGCCUCUCUGGACCAAACCGUCCUGCUGUGGGAGUGGAACUCUGAGAGGAACAAGGUGAAAGCAAGACACUGCUGUCGGGGGCACACGGGGAGCGUGGACACCGUCGCCACAGACCCCACCGGCUCAAAGUUCUGCAGUGGCUCCUGGGACAAAAUGUUGAAGAUCUGGUCAGCAGUGCCCACAGACGAGGCCGACGAGGUUGAAGAGCCUGCCGACAGACCGAGGAAGAAACAGAAGACUCAACAGCUGGGCUUGACCAGGACUCCCCUGAUGACGUUAUCCGGACACAACGAGGCCGUGUCGUCUGUCCUGUGGUGUGACAGCGAGGAGGUUUGCAGUGCAUCAUGGGACCACACCAUCCGCAUCUGGGACGUGGAGACGGGCGGGAUGAAGACUACGCUGACGGGCACCAAAGUGUUUAACUGUAUUUCCUACUCACCUCUGUGUCGACGGCUGGCCUCAGGCAGCACCGACAGACACAUCAGACUGUGGGACCCUCGCACCAAAGACGGGUCGCUGGUGCUGCUGUCUCUGACCUCCCACACUGGCUGGGUCACCGCUGUGAAGUGGGCGCCGUCACAUGAGCACCAGCUGGUCUCGGGUUCCCUCGACAACCUGGUCAAACUUUGGGACACCAGAAGCUUUAAGGCUCCUCUGUAUGACUUGGCAGCCCAUGAAGACAAAGUGUUUUGUGUGGACUGGACAGAAAGUGGGCUGAUGUUGAGUGGAGGCGCAGAUAACAAGCUGUACACCUACAGACACUCGGCCGGGCAGACGGAUGCGGGGGCGUAGACUCUGCACAGAUCCAGCUCAUCCCUCACAAAACACACACAGAAUGGACAGACUGAUCUAUAAAUAUAUAUAUAAAAACAUCAUAAAUAUUAUUGUUGUGACCGGCGGACAAAAGCAGCAGUGGUUUUGAACUUUCCUCACUUUGAUUGUUGCUGUUGUGGUUAUUUUUAACCCCCCUUCAAUUUUUACACAGAUUUUCUUAUGUCUUUUUUUUUCCCUGUAACCCAAGAAACAUAAAUUAAUUUUGUCUCCCAAAA